ACAUUUAAAUAAUAAUAAUAAUAAAAAAAAAAAAACGGAAGAAAACAAAUCUAAAACCAUGAUAUGCUACUGGUCAGCUUUUUGGGUACUGUGGUGGAGCUCGUGCUGUGUCUUCUAUGCUACUGGAAGCAGCGCUUCAUUUGAUAGCAAUAACGACAUCCAUUUAGGGUUCAUUCACAGGAGGUUGAAGACUGACGAAAAGAGAGAGAUGCAGAAAGAGAUCCUCUCAGUCCUGGGGCUGCCACAUAGACCCAAACCGCAUCUGUCAUCUGGAAAGUACAAUUCAGCCCCGCUGUUUAUGUUGGAUCUGUACAAUACCAUUUCAAACGAAGAGAAGAACGAAGUAGAGGGUUUUUUGGAUCAGUACAAAUCCAUCUUCACGACACAAAGUCCACCUCUUGCCAGUUUACAAGAUAAUACCUUCUUAAACGAUGCUGACAUGGUGAUGAGCUUCGUUAACUUGGUGGAGUACAACAGGGAGUUCUCACCUCACCGACGGCAUCACAAGGAGUUUAAAUUCAACCUGUCUCAAAUUCCAGAGGGGGAGGCUGUCACAGCCUCUGAGUUUCGUAUCUACAAGGACUGUGUUAGCAAUGCCUUCAAAAAUGAAACCUUCCUCAUCAGCAUCUAUCAAGUGGUAGAGGAACACAAGGACAGAGAGACAGGUCUGUUCCUGCUGGACACACGGACACUGUGGGCUACGAAGGAGGGUUGGCUGGAGUUUGAUAUCACUGCCACCAGUAACCUUUGGGUGAUGAGCCCCACACACAAUUUAGGCCUUCAACUCAGUGUGGAGACCAGCAAUGGCAACAGCAUUAACCCUAAGGAGGCAGGUUUGAUUGGGCGAGACGGCCCUCACGACAAACAACCUUUCAUGGUGGCAUUCUUCAAGGUGACCAAGGUUCACAUCCGGACCACCCGCUCGGCACCUAAUAAGCACAAGCAGCAGAGCCGCAACAGGUCCACUCAGCCGCAGAACAUGCACAGGAACCCAAACGUGUCAGAUUACAAUAGUAGUGACCAGAAGACAGCUUGUAAAAAGCAUGAGUUGUAUGUCAGUUUUGGACAACUUGGGUGGCAGGAUUGGAUCAUUGCACCAGAAGGAUAUGCAGCAAACUAUUGUUUUGGAGAAUGCUCAUUUCCCCUCAAUGCACACAUGAAUGCCACAAACCAUGCAAUUGUGCAGACACUGGUCCACCUCAUGAAUCCAGAGAAUGUCCCAAAGCCUUGCUGCGCACCCACCAAACUAAAUGCCAUUUCUGUCCUCUACUUUGACGAUAAUUCAAAUGUGAUUCUGAAGAGAUACAAGAACAUGGUAGUCAGAGCUUGUGGGUGUCAUUGACAAAGAAGCCAGUCAGGAGCUCACUGGCAUUGCAGAACAUGCUGUUUAACCAAUUUUCUAGACUUCUGCUGCAGCCCUGCUUUCGGGAAAACAAGCUUUAUCUACUUUACCCUUUAAUUGUACAGGAUCGAGGGAGCCAGUAACUGGGAUGAUGCUUCUUGACGGGGAAAAAAAAAAGCCCAGAUGCAGAUCCUAUUAUUCAAAGACUGCAUACUUCCAAAUGAGUUACAGUACAGGAAUGGUCCAGACAGAAUGACCAUUAACUGCAACUCCUAAACGUAGAACUAAGGGGCGUGGUGAAUGUUGAUUCAUUUAAAAUGGAAAACGUUGCCAAAGUUGUAAUGUCUUGUCUAAUGUCUGGAUUUAUUAUAAUUGUUAUAUUCAUCCCCAGACGAUAAGCAAAAUACUUUUGAUAUUCUGCUGUUCAGUUCAUAUUUUGGAAUUUUUCCCCGAACUUACCUCUUGCAAAGAAUGGUUUCUAAUGUGCAUUUAUUGUUCUACAAUGGGCUGCAAUUUUAAAAGAGGGUCGCUGGGUUUGGUACAAAUAUUCCAGUCUGGGAUGCAAACAAACGCUAAACCACUGUCAAGCAGGAAACUUUUUUUAUAUGUAUUCACUGCAUAGGCCAUAUUCACAAAUAAUUUAAAACACUAUGCUAAAGAUUGCACCAUUCAUAACUGUAACAAAUGUGCAUGGAAGAGCCCUUAAAUGAACUUCCUGAGUUACUCAUUUUAAACAUCAACAUUGUUUUCUUUUAAACACAAUUUUGUUUAUGCAUAAUAGUAAAUACUUUGUGAAUAUUUAUUUUAAUCUUGAUGUCAUAAAUAUGUAGACUAUCACCCACAAAAUUACUCACAUUAAUGCUGGUUUAAAAGCAGUGGGUUAGAUUAGCAAAUACCACAUAUUGUUUUCAGUAACUAAUAAAGCCCUAAAUCUCUUGAACAUUACACAUUAUAUUAAGAAACAAGUGUCACAAAUUGAUUCCGAAGGUUUACCACAUCUUGAUUAUUAUACGUGUUCAAUUCUCAUAUUUACUGUAAUCAUAUGUGUUUUUCUAACCUCUUUGAAUAAAUAAUUUUUUACAACUUUGUGAUUACCCUGUAAGUACAUCACAAGCAAAAAUUACAUAAUUAACUUUGGGUCUGAAUGCAAUUGUCCAUUGAUCACUUCAGGCCUCAGCCAAUAGAGGACAAAUUAAGAACACAGUGGGAACUGCUAAUUCAGUUUCAUUUGUGUUCCGACUGUACAGACCAUGACAAAACAGAAACAUCUCAGUGAAGUGAUGUUUACAUUUCAAUACAAAAUAUUUGGAUUUUCAAUUCAUAUGUAAAUACUUGUACAUUGUCUACUUAUUUAUUGCACUGAAGCAUUUAUACAUCUGUUAUAAGAAACACUAUUACUCCAACAAAGUUUUUUGGAAAAAUUUAUUAUGAAAUUGUCAGAAAGUCAUAAACAAUUUUACAAUUAAUUUUGUUUUUGUACAAAAACAAUGUUCUUGGGCAAUGUACAACCCACUUAUUAAAAAAAAAAAAAAAAGCUUUCUUUCACUGCUUUUAUGUCUUUUACACCAUGUGCUAUGCAUAAAGAUGUUACUGACAUUUUAAGUGUUUUUUUUUUUCCUGUCCAGUCAUUUGUUUCCUUAAUUGAAUGGGCAUAAAUCAAACUUAAAAAAAUUCUGUCACACACACAAAACAAUGACAUUUGUAGGAAAGCCCUGGAUAGUUUUUGUUUGUUACUGUAUUUUUAUAAGGAACUUUAAGCCAGGCAGUUUUACAGUAGUGUUAGUCAAUGGUGAAGAAUAGAAAGCAUUUUGUUACAAUUCCUGUUUAACUUUUGGCCUGCAGAGCUUUUGACUUCAGUCCCACAUGUGCAAAAGUGUGUGCCUCAGGCAGGGGGAAGAAGGUGGUGUACAGGAUAAAAAAAAAAAAGAAAAAUAAAUGCAGGGGACAAUCCUUGGCAUAUAGGAAAAGAUAAUCCACAUAACAUACUGCAGUAGGAACAUUGAGCCACAAAUGUGAACACAAUUGACGUGUCCUAGAACCAAUCAAUAUAGUGUACAUACAAGGGGCAGCAAAUGUUAGAUAAUUCUGUUUUAUUUUAUUUACUUAUUUAGUAUAAAAAGUACAAAUAGCAGGGUCUGUUUUAAUCAUCUAAAUACAGAGAUGGCUUUAAUUGCUCGGAUGGAGUAUUCCCCCUGGAGUGAUUUAUUGAUUGCUUUAUUAAUAUCACCAAAUAAAAUAAUAUAAUGGGCAAAAGACCAAUGAGUAAACAGAUUUUAAGUCUUACAAGGGUGACAGAUUAAGUUUAGAUUAUAGACAUACAAGACAUCAAUGAGAGCAAGAAGCACCAUAUAACUGGCAGAGUUAAUAUUAAAGGAGCUGUGCGAGGAUACUUCUGGUGACAGAGACAAUGCUAUCUUUAUUAAGCAAACACUUGUCACAGUUUCUUUUCGAAGCACUAAAUAAUAUGUACAUAUUGGCUACACCUUCGUUAAGGUCAUUCUAAGAAAACGGAUUCUCCAGAACGACAAAAAAAUGACCCCACUUUCACACUGAUUAGCUUUCAUCUUUGACCUAGUUUUUCCAAAAAAAGUUUAGCUGUUGAAUUCACUGGUUAUCAAAGCGAAGAACAAAAUGUAUCGUCUGACAUCAUCAAGUACAUCCUCAGAACUAACAUGAUAGGUUCUUUCAGAUCAGGUGGUUUUCAACAGGUUUAAAUAAAUGCAGUUGUUUUUGUUUUUUUCAGUGAUCACUAAUUAUUUUCCCCCAAUUUGGCAAAUCCAAUUGUUUUUUUAGGCUCAGCUCACUGAUACCACCCCCACGCUGUCUCGGGAGCGGCGAACACAGAACACAUGCUGUCCUCUGAAGCGUGUGCCGUCAGCUGAUCAUUUCUUUUCACACUGCAGGCUCGCGUGCAGCCACGUCAGAGCUACAGCAUCGGAGGACAACACAGCUCUGGGCAGCUUACAAGCAAGCCCGCAGGCACCAGGCCAGACUUCAGGGGUCACGGUUGCGCGGUGAGAUGGGAACACCCUGGCUGACCUAAGCCGCCGCCGCUACUACAUAAAAUAGUAUACAGGAUAACUUUUUCUGCCUUUCAAAUAAUACUAAAAAGAUACAUUUUUCACAUACCACAAUCACAGCUCCUGCUUACUGGCAGAACAGAGUGUUGAGAGUUGCAGGAGAGCUGAAGAUGUAGAAAUGGUGCAUC